CGGAAAACGAUGGCAUGGAACCUCAUCAAACAUGCGUCUUAUGUAUCGUAGGGAAAUUCCCAUACGGAAUUUCGUUGAAAACUGCAUGGAUAACGGUAGCUCCUACGCCUAGGCAUUGCUAUAGGAAUUAUCUGCACACGUGUGCGUAAUUUCCCUACGUAUUGCUUAAUUUAUGUGAAACGCGGACCUGACCAGCGAAGGUUUCCUGGAUACCAAAAUAUCAACAAAGAAAAAAGGGUUGAGGCCUUCUGUUUUCCUCCUGCAACGCUUGCACCACUAACGCUUAAUGUGAUAUAUGUUUCAGAUGGCAAAGCGUGUGUAUAUGGCGUAUAAUGGCAACGCAAGACCCAUCGCCACCCUCAUCGCUGGAAGGCAACAAAUUGGGCUUCCCGAAGGAAAUUCUGACGAACAAGCUUGAGGACAAACACCUGUGCAACUCUUGUCAGAAUAUUCUGAGGAGACCCUUUCAAGCUCAGUGCGGGCAUCGGUUUUGUUCUUACUGCUUUAACAGAAUUGUGAGUUCUGGACCACAAAAAUGCAGUACUUGCAUUAAAGAAGACAUAUUUGAAGAGCCAACAUCAAUUCUGAAACAAGGCGGCGCUUUUCCUGAUAAUGCAGCUCGUAGGGAGGUGGAGGCUCUGGCUGCAGGGUGUCUCAAUGAGGGCUGCCUGUGGAAAGGAAGUAUUAAAGAAUACGAGUCAAACCAUGAGGGAAAGUGUGAGUUCAUGGUUAUUCCUUGCCCCUCAUGCAAGGAGCUCAUCAGAUUCAACGAGCAGGAACGUCACAAUGAACGGGAGUGUCCAGAGAGGACCUUGAACUGCAAGUACUGCAAAGAGCCAUUUCAUUUUAAAAACAUAAAGGCUCACGAUGAGAUUUGUCCCAAAUACCCAAUGAUUUGUGAAGGCUGUGCAAAGAAAAAGAUUCCCAGGGAAAAGUAUGUGGACCAUAUUAAAUUCUGUAGUAAAUUCAGAACGCCCUGCAGAUUUCAUGUCGUCGGGUGUGACAUGUCAGUGGAGAAGGAGAAGAUUCACGACCAUGAGCGUGCCUGUUCGUAUGAGCACCUGAACCUGCUGCUGGACUACAUCAUGGGCCUUAAGGUGAACUUGGAGGCCCUGCAGCCACAGAGCUUGGAGGUUGCCAGCCACAAGGUCCAUGAGCUGCACCAGUCUCUGCGGGACCUGGAGGUGAAGGUGGGCCAGCUGAGUGCGCAGACAGCUCCCGUGCAGGGAGCAUGCGGCCCCGCCCCCGUCCCCAUGCCCGCCCCCCUGCCCACCUCCUUCACGCCGCUGCCCAGCGCGGUGGGCGCGGCCCUGGAGCUGCAGCUCCACAGCGAGAAGGCCAAGGUGGCAGAGCUGAGCCGCCGAUGUCAGGACCUGGAGCUGAAGACGGGCACCUUCGAGAACAUUGUGUGCGUGCUGAACCGGGAGGUGGAGCGCUCCGCCACCACCCUCGAGGCCAACAACCGGCAGCACCGGCUAGAUCUGGACAAGGUGGAGACCCUCAGCAACAAGGUGAGGCAGCUGGAGAGGACAGUGGGCCUGAAGGACCUGACCAUCGCGGAGAUGGAGGGCAGGUUGCGGGAGAUGUCGGCCACCACCUUCGACGGCAUCUUUGUCUGGAGGAUCUCUGACUUCACAAAGAAGAGGCAGGAUGCCAUCGCUGGGCGAGCUCCGGCCAUGUUCUCUCCAGCGUUUUACACCAGUAAAUAUGGUUACAAGAUGUGCCUGCGCAUCUACCUGAAUGGAGAUGGAACGGGGCGUGGCAGUCACCUGUCCCUUUUCUUUGUGGUGAUGCGAGGCCUGAGUGAUGCCCUGCUCAAGUGGCCAUUUAACCAAAAGGUGACGCUCAUGCUGCUGGACCAGAGCAACCGGGAGCAUAUCAUUGACGCCUUCCGGCCCGAUGUUACAUCCUCAUCCUUCCAGCGGCCGGUCAGUGAGAUGAACAUUGCUAGCGGCUGCCCGCUCUUCUGCCCCCUCUCCAAACUGGACUCCAAAAACUCCUACAUCCGCGACGACACCAUCUUUAUCAAAGCCAUCGUUGACCUGACUGGGCUCUAGCAGCUGUGCCCGGCGACAUUUUGGCUCCUCUAGUUUCCUCACUCCCCAUCCACCUCCCAUAACACACAAUCCCUCAGUCAGUCUGCAGUUUCUCUCACACGUAGUGCCUGUAGUUCAGCUUGUUCUGGGAAAGGUGACACAAUGGUACAUGAACUGGAUUUGUAUACAGGAAGGAUGCAAGUUCAAAUCCCAAGAGGAGUGCCUAUCUUACACCCUUUGAGCAAGGCACUUAAGCAUCAGUGUUGCUUUAGUGAGUUUCCAGCUGUAAGUGGAUACAAUGUAAAAUGUGUGCUGAGUCAGUGGCCCUGGAUAAGGAUGUGUACCAAGCAAGUGAACUUGUAGUUUUCUUUUGAAGAAGUAUUUAUGGAGUUGGGCAUGUUCGCCCUGUGUUUGAGCACAGUCUUGCAUAUUUGCUGCAGUAGACCCUCCAUGCAUUGUCAUGCUUUCUUGGGGGGUUACCGCUGUGCUUCAGUGUCUCCACCUGGUGGCAGUGUAGUACUAGGAAUAGUAGUACUAGGAAUAUAAAAACAUCAAAACAAAAAAAAAAACACUGUAUAUGUGUGACAGAAGCAGGCAGUAGUGGAACAACAUGUUCAGUUUUUGCUAUUUGAAAUUGGGCAGCUAGACAGAAAACUACAAAGACU